UUGCAGUAGAUUCCUGUAUGUAAAUGUGUGAUGGAACACAUUGUUCAAGAUUUACGUUUUUAUAGAGGACACCACACACACUCUGCUUGUAGCAAGUGUCAUCAAGUAGUGAACCUCGUCAAAUGUGAAUCUUUCACAUGCAUCUCACAGAACUAAAACAGUAAAAAGCAUGUCACAGUGACCUUACAAAUCUCAUCAGCUCAUUUUUCUGUCUCCAUUCCUCAGAAACGAAUACAGAGAUUUACCCAGCUGAUUCAGUCCAACAUGUUGUUGGAUUGGAGUCAUCUUUGCUGCCAAGGCCCAGUAACCACAUCAACCACGGUAUCCACAAAAAGUAUUCACGUCUUCAAGAAGAAUUCUUUCUCUGAUUAACUCCAGUAAAAACAUGGAUAAUUUUACUAAAUUAGUUCUUGUUUUAUGAAGGGUUUGUUGAUAUAUUCUUAGCAACCUGUUUUAUUUGAGAUUCAGUGAUUGAAAACAGUGAAAAUCUUUUAUUAUAGCUUUUGACAGUUAUUUCAGGUUUCUGGAGUGGCAGAAAGAGAUAACCAAAUUCCCCAAAAUUUUGAUUUUUGUUCCCAAAGUUGAGUCAAAUUUGCUCAUUUUCAACAAAAUAACAUCUUAUUUGCAUAUUGAAACAAUCAGUAGAGGAGGAUUUUAUACAACAUGUAGCUGCACUUCAAGCAGUGUGUGUGUGUGUGAUGUCCUAGAAACAAGUAAACCUCCUUGAAAGAUGUGUUCCAUCACACAUUUACAUUCAUUAAUCCACUGCAACACUUUUUGCAUGAAGAAACCAGCACACCAGUGACCUUCCUGAGAGAAACAAAUCAGGAGGAAACUUUCCACUGAUUUUUCAUGAUAAGGCAGCGCCUCCUUUUACCGUCCACAGAGCAGCAUCGUGAUGGAGAGGGUCUUGCUGGCUCUCUGGUGUCUCUCAGGGUGGUUCGUCCUCCCCUCCUGCCCUCUCCAUCAGUACUACUUUGUGAACCAACCUUUGACUUGGCAUGAAGCUCAGACCUACUGCAGAGAGAGAUUCACAGACCUGGCCACCGUACACAGCAUGACAGAAAUGAACCAGCUUAUUGACACGGUUUCCUCCACUGGUUACUUCAAUCCAUUCUGGAUUGGUGCGUUUAGUGAGAUCAACUGGAAGUGGUCAGAUGGGAGUGAGGCUGAGUACAGGCACUGGGGAAGUGGUCAGCCUAAUUCUGUCCUAAAUGACCUCUGUGUGACGUCUACAGCAAAAGGAUGGUUGGAUGUUUCCUGCCUGUUCAAGCAACCAUUUGUCUGCUACAAAGGAACAAAACUGGAUCCUGAAUUCGUUGUUGUGAAUGAAAGCAUGACUUGGUCCGAUGCUCAGAAGUACUGCAGGGAGAACUACAUAGACCUGGCCACUGUGAGGAAUGACGCAGAAAACCAAAGAUUAGGAUCUGUGUGGAGAUGGAUUGGGCUAUCUAGAGAUGCUAAUUCUCAGUGGUCUGAUGGGAGCAGCUUCAGCUUCAGCUACUGGGAUCGUGAUGGAGCAGGAUUUGGCUCCAGGACAGUCCUCUGUGGUGCUGCAGGUCUUUACAGUUCAGGAAAAUGGAGCUUUUGGUACUGUGAAAAAAAAUUCCCAUUCAUCUGCCACAACCCAUUUGUGAAGAAGCGGGUGGUGAAGCUGAGGAUCAAACUGGACGACUCCUCUGUGGAUCUGAACGACCCUGCUGUGAAAGCGGCGCUCCUGAAAAAGCUCCAGGACAGAAUGGAGGAGGAAGGAGUGAGUGGAGUCACCCUGAAGUGGAGAGAGCAGCCUGAUGGGGAAGUCUGGCACAGAGAGGAUCUCUAAAUAACCUCACCUGUAUGUCAGCUGAGCUCUUUAAAUACGUGUGUAGACUAGAGUGCAACAGCGCCCUCUUGUGUUUGAAUCUCCAAUAUGGCUGCCUUGAAGAACAGAGUGUGACAUUUAAUGAAGGCUGGCAGCUUUAGUCAUUGUGGACUCUUGUUAGCUACUAGUUUGUGUGUGUUAGCGUGAUUUAAUUAGCAACAUUUACAGUCGUGACAAGUUUGCAUUUUAUCAAAACAAUCGAGUGUCUCCACCUUCACCAAUUUACUGGACUUCUGACGUGUCUUCAGACAAGCGUUCUGUAACCUUCUCAUCCUGAUUUUUGCUCUCUUUCUAUUCUGUGUGAGAUAACUAAUAAAUGUCAGUUUGCCUGGG